AUGGGUAAGAUUUACUUUAACGCGAACGAUCUGGGCGAUAAAUACUACGACUUUGUCGUUGUUGGAGCCGGGAAUGCUGGGGGCGUUAUCGCUGCUCGAUUGGCGGAGAACCCUCACUUCAAAGUCCUCGUUAUCGAGGCAGGGUUGUCGGAUACCGAGCCAGAGUCCGAUGUUCUUCGAACCCCAUUCCUUGCCGGCUUGGCUGUUGGCACCAAAUUCGAUUGGGACUACAAAACGACCCCACAAGCCGGACUCAAUGGUCGAGAGAUACCAUUCCCACGAGGAUAUGUGGUAGGCGGAAGCAGCAACACCAAUAGUUUGGUCUACCUCCGCGGACCGUCAGAGGAUUUCGAUAGACUUGCAAACAUCUCCGGUGACCAGGGCUGGUCCUGGACUAGCCUUCAAAAGUACAUCAAAAUGAACGAACGUCAUGUUCGUCCAUGGAACAAUCGCAAUGACGAAAACGACUAUAACCCAGCAGUCCAUGGAGACGGGCCUCUCCAAACUACUCUUGUUGCCGAGCCAACUGAUUUAGACCAACGCGUUAUCAAAGCCGCAAACGAACUUCAAGGCCAAUUCCGCUAUAAUCUGGACCUUAAUUCUGGUGACGGUCUUGGUGUUGGUUGGAUCCACACAACUGUGGGAGGAGGGGCCCGCAGCAGCUCAUCUACAGCCUUCUUAAAGCCAGCUAUCGAGUCCCGAGAAAAUAUCGACCUUCUUGUCCAUUACCAUGUGACUCGUUUGCUUCCUGCUGAAGGAGGUUCUCUCGAUUUCCGCACCGUCGAGUUGGCACAAGAUGCCAGCAGCCAACGAAUUAUCCUGACCGCAAAGAAGGAAGUUAUUUUAUGUGCCGGCGCUAUUGGAACGCCGCAGAUCUUGCAACUCUCGGGAAUCGGCCCCAAAGCUGUGCUCGAUCGCGCUGGAAUAGCACAGCUCGUCGAUGCUCCAGAUGUCGGUCGGCAUUUGCAAGACCAACCUAUUAUAUUCUAUCAGUGGCGUGUCAACAGCACGACCCUUUCAUCGUUCUUCAGAGACCCAGCCAAUGUUGGUGCUAGCAUGGCAGAAUAUGCCGCCAGCAAAACGGGUUUUGCUGCCGGAGUUGCUUUCUUCAGCACCAUCGCCUUUUUGCGAUUGCCUGACCAUUCUCCGAUUAUCAAGGCAGAGCACAAAGACCCCGCUGCGGGACCAAACUCUUCUCAUUACCUUUACUCUUUCUUGAAUUCCUAUGCACCUAACCCGGGCCAAGAACCGGGUCCAACUGAAGGCGACUGGAUUUCAAUCGCAGCUGUGCUUCAGUCUCCGACCUCCGGCGAGUCAUUUUUUGCGUGUUUGGGAGCUGCUGCUGACACAAUGGCAGAGGGUUCGGUCGAAAUACAGAGCAGCUCCGCAUUUGAUCAUCCUGCUAUCAAUCCUGCGUAUCUCUCAACUGCGUUUGACCUCAACACCAUGAUCACAACCUUCAAAACCACGGCUGAAUUUUUUUCCGCUCCGAUCUGGACAGGAUACAUCGCUGAACCUGAUCCAGAAAUCACGGGACUUACCACAGAUGCCGCCAUCGAAGCUUAUGUGCGAAAGUACAGCACCACAGUCAAGCAUCCAGUUGCCACCGCUCGUAUUUCAAAAGCUGGCGCAAUCGAUGGAGUGGUUGGACCCGAUCUUUGCGUCAAGAAGAUUACGGGAGUCAGAGUAGUGGAUGCGUCGGUGUUGCCGUUUGCGUCGGCUGGCUUCCCACAAGCACAAAUUUACAUCCUGGCGGAGCGUGCAGCAGCUUUGAUCAAAGAAAAGUGGUCUAACUAA